AUGCUCUUCCGGAACACCAUACCACUUUCAUCGAGACAUAUUUGGUCAUGCCAUCACCAAUUCGUGAAGAUCCUCCAACCACUUCAGCAACGCGAGGCCGAUCCGGGCGACGAAAGGAAGCCAUCUUGCAUCGUGGAUGUGACGUUUGGCCCCGGAGGCCCGAAAAGAACGCGGCGACAUCUUGUCCAGGUGGACCCGACUACCGACUCCGAUGAUGCUGGGUUCGGUGUGGAGAAUAGUGCGACCCCUGAGCAGAGUUCAUCAUUCUUGAGCACCGUGCUCGAACAACGUGCGCUUCCAGGGUCGAGAAAUGCAACGAAAUCAAUAUCUCUGCCCGAUGAGGCCAGUCCUGCGAGUCGUGAAUCCCUCGAUCUGGAGGUUUUGGACUAUCUCGCUUCUAACCCCUUCAAUCUGGAUCUCCUGGCUGAAAAUCCCUCUCCCAAACAUGCAGUCGCUUCGGAGGACAUGAACACGACUCGAGUAAUGCAUGGAUUCCCUCCCGUAACUCCUGAAUCUGCCGCUGGAAGCUCUCCCGAUCUCUACAUGGCAUACUGCCACGACCCCGCGUACAAAGAGCUCCACUCUAGCUUCCACGAUCACAUGGUGAAGACUGCGAGAAACAUAGCUUUAACACGUCAGGGGACCCCGGAAACGUUCCCCAGCACGUUGGAGAAGAGUCCAGAGCAGCCACCUGGGAGCCAGGCAAGUGGACGGGACUUUUCUCACGGUCCCUCGGGCGGCCGAAGCCGGUUGGUCAACUUCCACAUGACCGAAGAGCGCUACGUCGAGCUUUGGCAGAAUUACCUCGACGAAAUUGCGCCCUGGCUGGACAUGUUCGAUAACGCAAAUAACUGGCGCACAACGGUAGCUCACAUGGCACAACGUGAAGACUGUCUUCAAUACUCACUUCUUGCUCUCUCCGCACGCCAGCAGGAGCGGAAGAACCCUGGAAAGCCGCACACCGAAAGCUUGAAUCUGUACCAGGAGGCCAUCAGACUCAUAAUGGUGAAACUCCCUACGCUGCGCACCGAGAUUAUCGCGGCAUGUGUAUUGCUCUGCGUACUCGAGAUGAUGUGUUCGUCGCCGCGCGCAUGGGGAAAACACUUGGACGGUUGUGCCAUGCUACUUGAGGCUGCAGGCGUCAAUGGCGUCGUGGGCGGAGUGAGGGAAGCUCUUUUCUGGACCUUUGCCCGGAUGGAUGUUUACAAGGCCCUCAUUGCAGACACCAUCACGACUUUCCCGACGAAUCGUUGGUUUAUCUCGGCCGACUCCAUGUCUGCCGCUGUUCGCCUAUUCAAGGGCAAAUCGGGAAGCGACAGCUACGCCAACUAUGCUGUGUUCCUCUGCGCCGGCGUGGUGAACAUCUUGUCCAACAACGGAUCGCCCCGUGCCCUGUCUGACCGCAACAGCUAUGCGACCUUUGUCUCUCGCUGGAAAGCAAUGUAUGACCUCCUUGAGGGCUGGUAUAACGACAGACCAGAAGAGAUGAGGCCGUUGAUGUACGUCCCGUCCUCGAAGGGAGAGACGAAUUCGCCCUUCAGCACGAUUUUGUACAGCACACCGCCCGGUAUAAGUAGCAAUCAAAUGUAUCACGCCUCAAUGAUUCUACUGCUGCAAGAUAAACCCAAGGAAAUCGUCAUCCCCAAAUCGCGCAAGUCCAUGUUGUGGCACGCCCGGCAGAUAUGCGGAAUCUCUUUGUCGAACAGCGAUCAUGGGGCGUUGAUCAACGCGCUGCAGCCCAUCUGGAUAGCGGGGAGGUUAAUGUCCCAUCAUUCCGAGCACAAGGCCAUCUUGGAUACCUUGAAGUAUAUUGAAGAGACAACGGGCUGGGCGACUUCAUGGCGGGCAAAGGAUCUUAAAGAAUUCUGGGGAGUUUGUGACGAGGAGCUUUGA